ACCGCGAAGAUCGUUUGUCAGGGCCUCAAGUCGGUGCAAAAACAUGUCCGCUUGACUGGAACUCAGUAAUAUCAGAGAAAGAAAACCACCUGAAACUCGUAACAAGUGCUUGGGAGAUUAUAGCAAUGAGUAGUGUGCAAUAGUCCAACUAUUGGGGUAUAGACUCGAGGAAUUCUAACGUAAUCGGUGGCGAUUCCUUGUGAUCUUGGGCAAUUGAAGUUGGUUAGGUCAAAUUGUCUUUAUGCGCUCCACUCGAUUUUCACCCAUGCGAUCGCUACAAAUGUGAGGUGUUUUGUGCUGUAUAAUCUUGAGAAUUUUACAAAUGACUAACCCUGGGACUACGCUCACUAGUUUAUGGAUCGAAGGCCAACCGAGCCCAACUAAGAGUAGUCCAAAUUCAACGCCAACUAAAAGAUCUACCAGUCAAGGAAGCGACUUGAUAAAGUACUACAAAGAACCAGCACUACAGGCUCUAGCACGAGAGGCCGCUUUGAUUGAUCGCACCGGACAGUCAGAUAUAUCCUCUUCAAAAAGCACAACUAUAGUUGGAGCCGUAAUGCCAGUGGGGACACCAACAAAGAUGUCCCCCCUAAUUCUCCCUAAAUCUUCAGACAACCCUGGAUCCCCUUUGGUAGUGGGAACUCCCCCUUCUCAGUCUCUUAUUGCUGUCAGUAACAGCCCUCGGACGCCAGCAAUGAUAGCAGCUCCUAUAAUCCCAUCCCCUUCCAACACAUGGCCAAGAGUUGCAACACCUGGAAGUGGAAGGAAAAGGAGAGGAGACCUAGGAGAAAACGAUUUAAUGGAUAGCAUGGACAGGAGGAAGAGAGGGAAGCGUCUUCCUAGUGCUAGCCGCAGUGCAGUUGGAGAUAAAUCUGGUAAAGGACUUCGUCAUUUUUCCAUGAAAGUCUGCGAAAAAGUCCAGCAAAAGGGCACAACCUCUUAUAAUGAAGUGGCGGAUGAGCUUGUACGAGAGUUUAGUGAUCCAGAAAAACACAUGUCCCCUACUGACCAGGCUUAUGAUCAGAAGAAUAUAAGAAGGAGAGUCUACGAUGCCCUGAAUGUCCUUAUGGCAAUGAAUAUUAUCUCCAAAGAGAAGAAAGAAAUCAAGUGGAUUGGGCUGCCAACCAAUUCGGCGCAGGAAUGCCAAUCACUUGAGGAAGAGAAAAAAGACAAACGUGAUAGGAUAAAGCAAAAGACUGCACAACUACAGGAAUUAAUUUUACAACAAAUUGCAUUCAAGAAUCUAGUACAGAGAAACAGGUCUUCUGAGAAGCAGCAAGGACUUCCUGCAGCAAACACCACCAUUCACCUGCCGUUCAUCAUAGUCAACACCAGCAAAAAGACGAUCAUUGACUGCAGCAUAUCAAAUGACAAGUUUGAAUACUUGUUUAAUUUUGACAACACGUUUGAAAUUCAUGACGAUAUUGAGGUUCUGAAGCGCAUGGGGAUGGCGUUUGGGUUGGAGAAGAAGUCCUGUUCUGUAGAGAAUCUGAAAACAUCUAGGACCAUGGUCCCUAAAGCACUUGAACCAUAUGUUGUAGACAUGGCAAAGUCUGGUCCAGUUACCCUAGGGAUUACCAAUGUGAAUGCAAAAUCUGCCACCAACAAACCAAUGGUUUCUGCCACCGCCCGCAUGUCCCCUCUCCCAGGAGCCAACGCACCAUCACCGCCACUAGCCACAUCUCUUACACAAGGCGCCAUCAACUCGACAAACAACUCAAGAGCCUUAUCCCGGACCUCUAGGACAUCUUCAAUGGCUAGUGACAGCCUGCCAUCACAAAGAACCAUAUCGCCUUGCUCAUAUCCAUCCUCGCCAGCCUCAGUGUCAGAAGCAGAUUCUGACCUAUCACAGGACGGAUUUGUUGACAUUGAAGAUAACUCAAACCAAUAGACUGUCCCGUACAAGUAUCUUGUCGCAUAAAAAUGGGCUCUUUUGGUUUCAAGCAUAAUUUUAUAAAGCCUUGUAACAGAAUUAUGUAGGGCAGUAUUUCAUAUUAUUAGUAAUAUCUUACGAGCGUCUUGAUUUUUGGAGGGUGUACUGUAGGGGUCAGGGUUCGUGAAUGAUAUGAGCCUGAUGUUUAGUUUAGAACGUUGAUUUUAGAAAAGAUUCAAAGGGUUAGCUAAUCUGGUAAAUUUGACUUCUUUUUGAAGUCGAGUGUGUUGUAUAAAAGUGGAUUUUCACCAUGUACAAAUUAGAAAAAAUAUUCUCAGCCAUUAGCAUGAAAAAUAUUACGAAAUGGUUAAAAAGUCUUUGUUCUUAAACUAUGGUCACAGAAAUGGGAUUAAGCCCACUCAUGAUCUUACUGUAGUUUGUAAAUAAAAGUAACUCAUCUUAUCAAUCUUAUCCUAGAGUCACCUUGUUUGUAUUCUAGUUAUUUUGUAAGCUGAUGUUUCAGAGUUUUUACAUAAGUGUUCUUGCUGGAUCAAGCCGUAGUUAGUUCACAGACAAGGUACAACAUUGUACAGUAUUAAACUGUGACGAGUA